CUUAAAUUGUGAAAUUGUAUUCUCUGUUACAACUCAAAAUACAACCACUAGGUUGUUGCUGGUGUUAGAUAAAUGGCUCCCGAACAUACGUAACAUGACGUCAUGCUCUCGAAGGCUCGUUCCGGGUUCCUUGGAAAACCUUCAUAGCCUUUACGAAACCUUAUUGAAAGUUUUCCUCUUUCGCGAUAUACUGCAUUCAUAGCUAGGCCUUUCCCCGUAACUAGGAUAGUUCGACCUCGUGCUUUCAAUUUGACAACCUGACCAACGACACAAGUAGAAAGUUCUUUAAACCAAACAACCCAAUAUGCGGGGCCCAUCGUCCUCUUUCGACUUUCAUUGGGGCUUAAGGCUCGUUCUGUGCGGUAUUGAAAACGGUCCAUUGUUGAUUUUGCAAUUGCAUAAAACAGACAGAGAAUGCGCGACCAAGGUCUGUCGCCCUCGCGAGGAUUCAAUGCCAAAGAUAUUAGACGAGGCUCCACUGCUUCUACUUCUUCCAUUGAUUCAAGGAGCGUGGCUUUGGAGAUCAGUUCAGAGGAAGAGAAGGAGCUCCUUGGUGUCAUUGACGAUGUUCGUGGGUUCAUUGGACGACGUGAUGGAUUGCCAUCUUACAUCCAUAGAAAUCAUAUCAUUGAAGAGCUCAGUCGAGCCCUUAAUGCCAAGACCAUUGAUAACCACAAAAAGGCCGAGGCCAUUACCAUGACCAAGAAACUCAUUGAUCAAGAAAGAAAUCCGAAAGAGGCCCAAGAAUGUUAUGACAUCAUCUUACCCUCUGUCAUCGUUCAGCUAGGAUCCGUGGAAAGAGAACUCCAACAAGCCGGUAUUAAGUUCAUACAAAAUUGUCUCGAGGAUCGAACGUACAGCAAAACUGUCGUUCAGCAAAUGGUCGAUAAUGGAGUCAACCAUAGGUCGCACAAAAUUUCAAUCGAGACAACAAAGCUACUGCCCGGGUUGUUUCUUCCCUACUUGACGGACACAGACUUGAGCCCAUUGAUAACAUCUUUAUACGAGCAAUUGAAUGUGAAACAAAGAGAGCAGUUUGCAUUUGGAGCUUUAAUCCGGCAUCAAGAGCUUUUGGGCGCUCGACAAUUCGCCCAACUCAGCGAGGAUGCCAAUCGUCGGGAUCAAGCAGCAUUCAAUGCAAUGUGCCAUAAUUAUGAAGAUCGCGAUUACCACAUCGCGAAACGCCGACCACGCGAGGGUGUGUCGUUUGGCUUGAUUCCAAAUCACGUGAUCAAUCGAGUCUUGGACCGGACGAACCGUCAAGAACGAGCCGAAGGCUCUAUUUUGCUCAAAAGAGAACUGGAAAACGAUGUGAACGACCUCAGCCUUCUUCUGCCUUAUAUGGGUAGCUUCUUGAAGUUUUUGAGCGCCUUACUAGACGAUCAUAGCCCCAAGGUGCUUCUGAAUGUAUUAGAUUGCCAUGAUAUCUUGCUCAAACACGCCCCCGUCACAAUUCGUCAGCACAUGGAGCUCACCACACACAACAUUCUGAAAACGAGUUUGGAGUCCAAACCACUGAUCAAGAUCAAGCUGUACCUACUCAUGGAGGGCCUCAUGAAAAUUUGCGGUCCGGCGUCGGUGGUGGAGCUUCUGCUCCAAGAACUCGACGGCAAAAAUCCUCGAAUAAGGGAGGACAAUCUCAUUUACAUCAUUUUUGCUCUCCUCACUUUCCCCAGUAAUGAUUUCAACUUUGAUUAUCUGAUCGAGGAUGUUGUUCCCUGUUUAACAGACCCUAAACGCAGAGUACGGCAAGCUACCUUGGAAUGCCUGGCUCACAUCCACCAAGGCAACGGGGCCGACAAGGCAAAUAUAAUAUUUGACGCUAUAAAACGGAUUGAAGUGGGCAUGUAUGACAAACCGGACGAUGUCAGGAAAGCUGUUCAACAUCGCAUCAAUCGGCGUCAAUUGGCCAGAAUUACCGACGAGGGCUUUGUGGAAUAUGGACUUUUAAUUCCUCACACUUAUUAUACCCAACAAACGCACUCUUUGCAUGGCAGACGGUCCAAAUAUAAAACCGUGCUCGAGGGAGCAGACGUCGAAUGGAUUCUGAAAGGAUCUGGAGGUAUCAGUCGAGGCACUGCCGGACAGUUCCUUGGUAUUACUAGCAGUGCAGGAGCACUGGGUAGCAAUAUUAGCUUACAAAGCCUCCGAAGUGUAUCUGGUCACUCGAAUCGAGACAGAUCGAACAGCUUUGACUAUGAUUCAGGGUCAUCAUUGAACGGCCAUUCGAAAAUCCCCGAGAUCAAAAGAAAAUCGAGAAGCGUGUCUCCCCCACAUCGACGGAACCGAAGUAACGUUCGAAUCGGCAAAAAGAAAUUCAAUUCUGCCUAUUCGGAAGGAGAGAAUGACGUGGAAGACCUGUACGACAAUAACACGGACAUCAAAACUCAUUGGAAAAAUGAUGUCAGGAAUUGGACACCGGAGGAGCUGAGAUUGAGAGAUGCCAAAUAUGACUCAUUCACUGUCUCUCAAAGCCAGUUAGAUCUUCGAGCUGCGGCAGCCACGCCCCCGUCUCAAAGACGGCGACGGAAAAUGUCCUUGCCAAACGUGAAGGAGGAGGAGCAAGACGAAGAAGACCAAGAAGACGAAGAAGACGAACGAACCUUGGACCGAUCCAAUCAAAACAGCCCAAGGCGCCGGAACAAUGACAACGCCUUCAAGAGGACAUCAUUAGCUCUCAUGGGCCAAGCCUCUGGGGAGGUUAAAACUUUGUUCGAUAAUGAGGAUAUGAAUGACGACGAGGCCCCAGGGGCUUUCAAGAAUCCUAAAGUGGCAUUUGCUCAAGCUCAAGACGAUCUAAAAUCCAACAAGUGGCAAACAGAGUUGGACGGCCUCGAUGCCAUCGUACGUCUCAUUAAAUAUCACCCAAAUAUGAUCAUAGAUGAAAUCAAUCUGGUCACUCACGACGUGCUCAACGAAUGCAAAAAUCUUCGAUCCCAAGUCACCAGAGCUGGACUCCAAGCUCUCGCCUUGAUGUUCGUUUAUCUUGGUCGAGAAAUGGAAAACAAGCACUUGGAAAACAUUACAUUGAUGCUAUUUCUCAAAACCGGGGAUACCAAUCGAUUCAUUCGAGAGGAUGCCAACCUGGCCCUCCAGACGUUAGUGGAAAACAUUGCCGUGCAGAAAGCGGUGAUGAGCCUAAUUAAGGCAGGUGUAUCCCAUAAGAGCACUGUGGCCAGAACCACUUUGGCCAGGCUAUUGGCCGAGAUGGUGGAAAAGCUUGGCCAAGAGGCGGUCAUGAACGAAGCAAGCACUCUCGAGGAACUUCUGGACGCGGGAAUACAAUUAAUCUUGGAUGGAAGUGUGGACACCCGAACAGAAAUCAAGCGAAUGUUCAAGGUGUUGAUAAAUCAUCCAAGCUUUGAAACUGCAUUGGAAAAGUAUGUCAAGUCAAAGAGAGAUCUGAACCAUGCUCGUAAGGCUUUGAAUUCCCUUCGGGGGUAGAAUCAAGUGUGCAUACGUACAAGAUUAGUAAAGUAUCAAAUCUGUGAAAUUGCUCAUCAAUCUUUGUAGCACAGAAAUACUAAUGAAACGAAGAAUAUAUCUGCUUUAUUUUCUGUGAA